UCAUCAUAUCGCGCGGAAGCGCUUUCUCUGGUGCAGUAGUCGCGUUUUUAAGCAGAUUUUAGUUUAGUUUGGUACUAGAAUACACCAAUGUCCGCCUCUAUUCCUCCAGAAACUGUCCAGGAUCGCCUGGACCGUCUGAAGGAGCUGACAGAGUUUACCGAAAAGUGCAAAAAACAGUUAAAUGAAAUAUUUGAGACGCUCGGAUGGUCACAGGAGUACGACGAUGAAUUCAAUAAGGAGCCGAUGGAGCAGUGUCCCUAUGACCCAAACCACAGAGUCCCCGUCAGAACCAUGGAAAAACACAAAGCCUCCUGCAGGCUCAGCAAAAUGGGUUAUCCUGCUGAGGAACAGAAAGAGCUGUACGACCCAUCUGUGUGCUAUGAAAACAGCAACGUUAAAAGUUUUUUGAUGGACAAAUCCACCCAACACCAGGUUAUACUACAGGCUAGAUCUGCAGCCCCACUUAUGAAGAUGGAGGGAGUCUUCUGGCGAGGUCAGUACUCUGGCCAGCCUGUCGACGUGCCUCAGAACCACAAGCGAGCGGUCUGUGACCUCACUGUCGCGGACCGCUUGGCUCUUUACGAUCACGUGGUCGGCGUACUCGGACAGCAGAAUGAGGCUGCGGCAUCCAACGACGAUCUCUACGUAGAUUUGGUUUCAAAACUUCAAAAAGAUGAAGGACAGAAUGAACCAAAGAGUCACCUGGAGUUGAUGGCGGAGAUGAGGGACUAUAAGAGGCGACGCCAGUCUUAUAGAGCCAAGAACGUUCACAUCACUAAGAAGUCCUACACUGAGGUCAUCAGAGAGGUGAUCAGUGUUCAUUCAGAGGAACUCGCCAGACAGUGGAAAGAGGACGAGGAUGAGAAGCAGUUAUCCAGAUCUGAUCAAUCCCCUCAAGGGCGCUGGCUGGAGAGAGGACGAUCAAAAUCCGCAGAGUCCCAUCACUCCCACAGCAAGCGCCAUCGCAGCUGCGAAAGGAGCCAUGAACGAGACCGUGAGCGAAGCAGAGAGCAAGGACGCGAGCGAGACCGUGAGCGAAGCCGAGAGCCAGGACGUGAGCGAGACCGUGAGCGAAGCCGAGAGCGAAGGGACAACAGGGAGCGGAAGAAAAAGAAAAGAAAAGAAAGGGAUUCCCGCUCCCCCGACGGCCGCCAUCAUAACAGAAAGAAAAAGAAGAAGGAAGAUAAGGAGAGGGACAAGUGAGAACGCCGGAUCUGUAGCAUAGGAAGUCAGAAAGCUCAUCCAGUUAAAACAUGCUCCUGUUUAUUGGUCAACUCUUUGUUUUUUACCUGUUUAAAGGU